CGCCAUAUUGCUUUUAGAAAUAGAACCAUACUAGAAGAAUAGUAUUUGCCACGAAUUAUAUUUAAAAACGCGGCAAGACUUGAAAAUGGUUUUGUUUUUAGUGCUUGAAAUUGUUCGUGGUCGUCUGUAGUUCUGUAAAGCUGUCUUUUCUAGAAAGCUCGGGAUCAUGGCUAUAAGCAGUGACGAAGUGAAUUUCUUGGUGUACAGGUAUCUGCAGGAGUCAGGUAUGAUUGUAUAGUUUUAUUAUAAAACUAAUAUUAGAUAUUAAAGAGGUUUUUUUGAUUGAUUGUAACCUGUGGUGAUGUUAUAUGCAAAUACAUGUACCUGCUGAUUUGCACCAGCAUGCCUUGAUGUGCUGUAUAUCUCAAAAUUAUAUGGUAGAACUACUGUAGAAUAGAGUGUUUGCACUCAUUCCCCAGGGACCAACUCAACAAAACCUAUGGCGGCCAUGUUGGUGUUCCAGAUAAAAGAGUCUGAGUGAAAUUCUUUUGAAUUGGAACACCAACAUGGUAGCUGUGACGUCAUGUGCAAACGCUCUAUACAGUAUAAAUACACUAGUAUAGACUGUAUAGCUGAGUAGCUGACUGGAAAGUUUGGAAAAUAUAGUUCAGUUAAAGUUUAGAAAAUAUAGUUUCAGUAUAGACUGUAUAGCUGACAGGAAAGUUUGGAAAUUGUGCGGGGGAGAUUUCGAAAAUUUAAUAGUAAUUGCCGUAGAGGUAGAACAAUUAAUGCCAUGGAUCAUUGCGGCAACAACGGCAAUUUUUUGCCGUAUAGUAUAAUUUUUGUACUAUUCACUGCACGCAUUACUAUUGUGACACUUUGAAAAGAAAACACUAAAGAAAUACGUAAACAUGUUCCUAGCUUGUCCACAAUCCAAAUAACAAUAAAAUUGAAUUUUUAUUGCAGUAAUUUGAAAAAAUGCCUUGGAAACUGCCAAAAUUGCUGUAGACAGCUGAACUACGUUCUACUGCAAUUUUUAACGCUGUUGCCGUUGAUUGAUUUCAGGGAAAUUCUAGGCCUGUAUAGAAUUAAGCAUCAAAAUUGCAUGGGGGGAUAUCUCCCCAGCAAUACAAACUUUCCACACUGGCUGCAUGGUAGUACUGAGUACUCUUGGGUGCUUGUGUUUAUUUGUACAUGCAGCAGUUAUUAUACAGCAAUAGAAAAUGAAUGGCUCUUUGUAUUAUAGGUAUGGGCAUGAGUGCAAAUGGCAAGUGCAAUUUGACAUCUUUGCAAAACUAACUAGUGUAUGUUUUACCAAAUUGGAUGAGAAACCAUACUAUUGGCCAUUCCGAAGUUGAUGAGAGGACUGGGGACAAAUGUUAAAAAGUGCCCAAAUUAAGAAAUGAACCAAAUCACUAAAAAGACCACCUCAAAAUUAGUAAGUAUACAAAGUUUGAAGACAUUUACAUGAAUACCCUUCGAAUAAUAAGCUUUCGAAAAUCACAAUAUUUACUUAAGGCCAAAAAAAAAAUAUGUGGGUUUCCGGUUUCUUCUUAUAAAAACGUAGGUAGAGUAGGUCGGUUAUAACCAGGGACGCCAGAACUGGGGGGCAGGGGGGGGCGGCUGCCCCCCUUGCCUUUUGCUAGGGGGGGCAGAAGUGCCCUUUUAGUUGUAAAAUAAUACGUGAUAAAUCACAUUUCCAACGAUGCUUUUUGUAGGAAAAUCACGAGAUUCAGGUAAUUUAUAGUUUAUAUUUAUAAAAAUUUUGGGAAAUUUUUGGAAUUUAGAAAAAUAUUUUGAAGAAAUGGCGAAAAUUUAAGAUAUCUGGAAAAAAUUUUGGCUUCACGGAAAAUUUUUGUAUGUCCGGAAAAAUUUUUUGAGUAAAUUGAAAAAAUUUUUCAGUAAAGGUGCCCUUGGUGUGCGUCCGCCCCCCUUUGCCCUAUUAUCGUUCCGGCGUCCCUGGUUAUAACUUCUUUUUUUUAAACUUUUUUUUUAAUUUUCCGAACAAGCGGACGCCAUUUUGUUUAGUCAGUGCUUCCACAUCCAAAGAUAAAUUUCCCUAAUAUUGCCUCAAAUUUCAAUUUUCCACAAACUUUUUCCUCUAAGUGGAAACACUUACAAGCACGAUCCAAUAAAAAAGUUUAGGGUCGGGAUUUCGACGUCCAAAAGCUAGGUAGGGUCGGGAAACCGGAAACCCACAUAUUUUUUUUUUUGGCCCUAUGAAAUGUACUGUAAUUUUUGUUUUUGGGGACGUGUGUCCCCAAAACAAUCUUUUAAUCAGUAAUUUCACAAUUUUCGAAAGCUUAUUAUUCGAUGGGUAUUCAUGUGAACGUCUUGAAACUUUGUAUACUUACUAGUUUUGAGAUGGUCUUUUUAGUGAUUUGGUUCAUUUCUUAAUUUGGGCCAAUCUCGUACCCAGAGCAAUGCCUGUGCACGGGCUAGGAUGGCAUUGGCUCUGGGGAAAUUGAAUUUUUCCUGUGCUGUGAUUGGUUUAACGUUUAUCAAUCGUGCAUGCCGAUGAAGAACCGGAACUCCUAAAUUUAGGGGUUCCGGUUGUCAAUUUCCCCAGAGCCAAUGCCAUCCUAGCCUGCGCACAGGCAUUGCUCUGGGUACGAGAUUGAAUUUGGGCACUUUUUAACACUCGUCCCCAGUCCACUCAUCAACUUCGGAAUGGCUAAUUGGGUUUCCAGAAAACAUCCAUAUCUCUCCAAUGGAGGAAAUUGGAAGUUAACCCCCUACCCCCUUUUGAAUGUCACAAUAUUACACUGUCUUGCUAUUACCUCUCCCCUCCGGACAGCAGAAAUACUCUACAUGGGGGCAGAUCUUUUCUGGAAUUGCCCAUUAUUAAAUUGCAUAUACAUGAAAUAAUUACCAACUUUGAUAAUUGAUAACACCUACAUACUCACCAGCACUUUUUAAGCAUUGUUUUCAUUGUAGCAAACUUGUUGCAGUACAGUAAUUAAAUUGUUAAAUUUGUGUACGAUUUUCAGUUAAAAGUGUACAUUUGCUGGUUAACAUGUGCCGCCAUGUUUAUUUUUCCUGCUUGUUUCAGGCUCUGUCUGCUGCUUUUGUUUUGUAUAGGUAAUAGUGUGGUUUCGAGUGCAAUUUGGAAAAACAUGCAUGAAUGAGUUUUUCAAAGAUGAUUAAAAUUGCAUGAGUCUGAAGGACAAGUGCACUUUGAAGUCUUUGAAAAACUCAUGAGUGUAUGUUUUUCCAAAUUGCAUGAGAAACCAUACUAUUACUUGUUAAUAAUAUACAUGUCAUAUAGUUCACACACUUUGAUAACACCUGUGCACUCACCUACGCCAUUUAAGCAUUGCUUUCAUUUCUUGUUAGCAAAAGCUUUUCAGUAGUAUGUGCUUCUUGUACUUAAAUUGUUAUAUUCACGUACAAUUUUCUAGGGGUGCACCGGAUUUCAAUUUAACAAAUUUUCCGGCAUCCGGCCAGAUUUGGAGAAAAUCUGGCCGGAUUUAAAUUUCCGUUUCACCUUAAAAAAUUCACCAAGAAUGGGAUAAACCAUCAAUUUGGCAGCUUUAAAGUUUAAAAAACACUUAUAUUAUUAUAAAAUAUUAAGUUAUUAACAAAAAGAUAUUAAAAAAGGUUUAAACACAAUCAAAAAUCUAAACUGACACUAACUAAAACUAGUAAAAAACAUAAACCGCCAUUUUGAAUACUGAUUUAUCCCCAAUUGUCUCCAUUACCGGUUUAUCUCAAAUCCGGCCGGAAUUUUUGUCCGGCCGGAAUUGUUGAAAAUUCCAAAUCCGGUGCACCCUUAGGCCCGGUUUAGACGGCGAACUUCUCAUGCGCCGAAUCUAAUGCAAGAAUUAAGUGCGACGCUGGAGCGGCGUCUAAAUCAAUUAAGUUCGACAGGUUUUGAUUAAGUUCGACAUGACUCGAAGAUGCGACAAGACAAGUCGUAUAUGCGACACAGGUUCGACAUUGAUUUAGACGCCGUGCUUUUCAUGCGCCGAACCUAAUGCAUAAUUAUUUUUUAACAUCAUAAUAUGAUUAUCAUAUAUUUGCAUUGUAAAUAUUUCCAAUAUAAUGUCUUCGCAAUUUGGUACGGUGCAAUUAAGUUCGACGUCUAAAUCAGUUUCCGAUAUUUUGCCGUAUCUACGACAAUUAGGUUCGGCGCAUGAGAAGUUCGCCGUCUAAACCGGGCCUUACAAUUUUCCAUUUGAAAGUGUGCAAACAUUUGUCAAAAAGUGCAAUUUACAUUGCUACUGUCUGCCGCCAAGUUGAUUUUUCAUGCCUUGUUUCCAGGCUCUGCUCUUGUUUUGUUAAUUGCACUGCAGUAGUGGACCUUUAACCUUAUAACUAAAAUUUUGAUCUAGACAAAAAUUUCAUCACAGCUUGAAAGAGCAUCACAAAAUUAGUAAUAUUCCAAAGUUUCGUUACGAAAUGUUGUAAAAUGCGGAUAAUAUAGCCCUGCGAAGUUUGCAAUUUUCAGUCAUUUUAGAUUACAAACGGGAAAUUGAUACCCAAAUCGGGUGUUUGGGUAUCAAUUUCCCGUUUGUAAUCUAAAAUGACUGAAAAUUACAAACUUCGCAAGGCUAUAUCCGCAUUUUACAAAAUUUCGCAACGAAACUUCGCGUGAAUAUUACUAAUUUUGUGAUGCUCUUUCAAGCUGUGAUGAAAUUUUUGUCUAGACUUGUCUAGAUCAAAAUUUUAGUUAUAAGGUACGUUAAAGGUCCAUUGCACUGCAAUUAAUGUGCAAUUUCAAAAAUAGUUGCGCUGCUCAUAGCCAAUCAGAGUAAUUUUUUCAUUUUUAUUUUCAGUGUACAGUUGGUAAUAGCCAGAUGGUUUAGUGUUCAAUUUUAAUGCACAAGUGCAUUUUUCAAAGAGCAUCAAAAUGCUGUUUGAGGUCUUUGAAAAACUCACUACUUGCUUGUUCUAUCCAAAUUUCAUGAGAAACAAUCCUAUUUAUUGGAAUGAAAAAAGUGUACUAGUUUUGUUGCAUGUGUGAGUUUAUUAACAUACCUGCUAACUUUCAAAUUUCAGGGUUUCCUCAUUCAGCUUUCAGCUUUGGAGUUGAAAGUAAUUCAGUUCAUUCAAGUAUUGAUGGUGUAUCAAUUCCCUCUGGUGCUUUGAUAUCAGUUUUACAGAAGGGAGUGCAAUUUGUUGAGGCAGAAGCAUGCUUUGGAGAGGUAAUUAACAUUAUGGAUAACCCUAAUGGACAUUGAUUUUUGCUGUAUGCUACACGUAAACUAAACACCCAUCUGACCAUUUGAUUGAAUUGAAGCCAGAGUUCUGACCAUUUGAUUGCAUAAGAGUAGGUCGACAUUACGGUGGAGGUUUGCAACAGGCUCUCCUCUUCAUGAGUAAAAUUGCCUGGUGUUAUGCUAUGGACAGGGUAACAUACUGUAUACCUCUGUAAUAAAGUAGGGCGCAAUACAACUUAAUGGGUUAAAUGCAUAUGUAGUAAUAUUCUUGUCAAGCUUUCCCCUUGUAUAACCUUGACUUUGAGCCUGUUACAGUGCAGCACGGCUGGAGAAAAUAUUUUUGUUCCUGGGAGCACAACCUGGAGAUGAAAUUUCCUCCAGACCAACUAAAUAUUUUUGGGUUAAAUCUGCAUGUGCCUGCUGUACAUGCACAUACUGUACAUACAGGGUGAAUAAAGAAAAGUGCACACUCAGUUCUUUCCAUGGGUAAUUUGGGGUCUGCUAGUAUCUUAAUUACCACUAUAAAAUUAUUUUGAAAAGUAUGUACACACGGCGGGCAAUUGACAGAAAAUUUGCCAUAUGAAAACUCGUCAUAGAAAACUUACUUGUCUGUAUAGAAGUCUACGAAAUUUAGUAAUUCACAAUCAUAAUUAUACCAUGUAGGAUGGAACCUCCUUUGGAGACGGUGAACUGUCUUUAGUAGAAGCUGUAAAUCCAUCUACAGUUUCUGAUUUACAUACAAAAGCACUGAGACAAUUAGAAGAUAAAGCUAAAGAACAAAUAAGUUUUAUUGAUGUGACAAGUGGUCCUGAUUUCCCAGCCGCUAAAGUGACUACUUUGGAAGGACAUCAGUCAGAGGUUAGUUCUAAACUUAACAGACUCAAAUUGAAUCAAAUGUAGUAUAUGAAGGAAGGAAAAUUAAUGUGAAAUUAUAACACAGCAUAGACAGAAAAUAGAAAUUGUAUUUAGAACACAAUUUUAUUAAUUAGAAAAUAUGAUUGUACGACGAGCUUCAAUGAUCGAUGAGCUUCAAUGAUCUAGGACUUAGCUACCUGAAAAAUUUUUAAAAUCUAGGAUUUAGAUACUUGCAACCUCAAAUGCAUCAAACUCCUGAACAUUGUUAAUCGCUACCUACAACAAACCAAUAAAUCAAUAAUGCAGAAUUAUGUGAGCGUCCCAUUAUAUAUACUGUACAUAGCCUCGAUUUCAUUCUUUGAUUUCUGUUAAAUUCUUUGCAAUAUUAUGUUUGUCUGUUUUCAAAAGAAAUUGAAGUCAGAGCUAUGGGUUUAUAAUGCUAUAAUUGUACUGUAUGGGUUUAUAAUACAUAAUUGUACUGUAAAGUUUCAACUACAAUUAAAGCUAAAAUUUCACCACAUGUGCAAUGUGUUUUGAGAAAGCUGGGAAAUCAUUUUAAAAAUUAAUUAAAUAUAUUGAUUGUGUGUAGGUGUGUGUCUGUAGCUGGAACCCAAGUGUAGAUGUCCUGGCAUCUGGGUAAGUGCAUGCAUAGCCGUUGUUAUUUGUUAGAUAUACUUUAUUCUUUAUUUCAAUUAAAGAGUAUAUACAGUUACUACUUGCCAACAGUUUGAAUACAAAACUGCCCAAAAAGAUCAACAAAUUCAACAUUUUGCAAAAUUCUAUUACAGACAUUCCCAAUAAGUUGUUACGUGUACAUGUUCAACUGUGCGUUUAGUUUUAAUAACUGGUUAGCAUAAUUUCAUUUAUUUAUAAGCUAUUUUAAACAAAAUGUAUCGGAUAUUAAAAGUAUUUCAAUAUACAGUAUGUAUAGUUGCAAAUCCCUGUGUUUCGGGGACUUUCUUUGCUCGUUUUGGGAAUUUUCCCCAUCCGAACAAGAAUCUCUAUAGUUCAGCAAAUGUCCUUGCUUGAGGUUUUCCUUUGCUUACUGCCUUCUGAUCUUGUGAACCAUCCUGCACCAGUUCUCCAUUGGGUUGAGUUUAGGACUUGUGAAACUCGCUAAUAAUUCAUGAAGAAAACACAAAAGUAAUCAUGACGUGAACGAAGAGUUACAGUGAGUAUAUAUCUGAUACAGAAUCGUGCUGUUUGACAAAAACAUUAAGUUCAAUUUUCUCACCAAAUAUCAUGAAUUUAUUUUAAAUUGUUGAAGAAUACGAAUGUUCUCAUGAAGACGUUUCAGAAGCCAUCUAUUCGGCUCGAGUUUGUAUAUCCGAUACAACACAGCCGGUCAUGCUGUCAAUAGUACAAUCAUAUGGUGUAAAUUUUUAAUAGAACGCUCGUCUGAGUGGUACAGGAAAAUGCCGUCUGCCAUUGUUUAGCAGGAAACGUGUUCUCUCUUUUUUUUGGGGAGUGCAUCACUAUAAAUCUUUUUUAUAUGUUUUUUUUAAGAAAAUGCAAACACUUCUGCAGACAUUUAUAUAUUUGCUUCUCUUGUGUAUUUCAUCUUUCUUCAUUUCUUGCUAAACGUUUUUUAUCUUUUACUUUACGUGACCUGUUUUUUUAGUGCUGGAGAUGCUACAGUGAGGUUAUGGCCGUUCACAAAUGCUGAGGAUAUUAAAGAAAUCACUCCAUUAGUGUUAGCUCAAGAGGAAAAAGAUAACAUCAAUGUUGGACAUGCCCCUGGUAAAGAUGUUACAGCACUAGACUGGAAUGUGAGUAUUUUUUUAAACAAUAAAUUACAAAAUAAACCAACAAUGGUGCUUCUUACAGCAAUUUUCUUUCGAUUAGAAAUUUCUGAUUGAAUUUCUUGGAUUCAGUCGGCAUAAAAUUUGCGAGUUGGCGAAAAUGGGGUGCGACCCCGUACCUAUAUGAACAGGUUUUGUGAUUGGUUGAUGAUAACAAUAAAAUACACUAAACCAUAGGAAUCAUCUUUCUAAAAAAGUCGAUCGAAACACAGAUUGGUUUUGUCUCAGGAAACCAAUAACCAAUCCUAGGAAAAAUUAUCGUGGACACCGCGUGCGUCAGACAAAACUAGAUUUUAACAGGGUUCGUACUAAACUUGAAAGUCCUUGAAUGUCCUUGAAUUUGAAAACAAAAAUUCAAGGUCUUGAAUGCCCUUGAAUUUGUAAAGCAGUACUUGAAUUCUUCUAGUUUUUGGAUAUUUUCUGAAAUUGUUUGACAUUCAAGACGGACAUUUUGUUGAACUGAUUUUGCAUGUUCAUAUCUGACCUCAUUAUAAAGUUACGUUUUGAACAAUUCAACGUCAGAUUUUGCUGAUUUCUAACGCCUUCUUCAGUAUGUAGUCCUUGAAUUUGUUGAUACAUGUCCUUGAAUGUCCUUGAAAAGUCCUUGAAUUUAACUCUUCCUGACAUGUACGAACCCUGUUUUACAGAAUUAAUCUCCCAAAAACAUUUCUGCCCCUCCUACCCCCAAUUCAAUGUUCGAAAAUCAACGAAACAUACUUUUAAAAUUUAAAUGCGAAAAACAACAUUAAAUAGGGGGACAGAGGGGGGGGGGGGAAUUUCAUGAAAAAAACGUCUCAAUGUUAAUAUUUGUGUUAAGGCCCGUUUACACUUGCAAUUUUUGCUGCGAUUUUAGGUGUGAUUUUAGAUUUUCUUCUUCUGAAGGAUGUGAACGAGUGGAUGAGUUAUGAAUGUUCAGAUGAGGGUACAUGAACUCAAAACAUUCAUAACUCAUCUACUCGUUCACAUGCAUCAGAAGACGAAAAUCGCACCAUAGAAAUCGCAGCAAAAAUUGCAAUUGUAAACGGGCAUUUAGAAAAGUUAGGUGUCCACAUAAUUUUUGCCAGGACUGCAGUAACAAAACUUGUUCAUAUUAGAUACAUUAGAUACUGUAAUUACUGUCAUUCAAAGCAAAGAAAGAAUUGUCUUUCAACACCUCCGUCGUACAUCCAAGACAAUACCGUACUACUUCAGGGUGCGAUCAUUAGAGAUUUUUAGUCGUACCUGACUGGUACUGUAAUGACUAUUGCCGCGUACUUGAUCUGGUACAAACUUAAGACUCGAGGUGUAUUUAGUCUUUGAAAUGAUGUACAUAAAGUACAGGUUUCUGAACGGUAUUCAAUAACCCGAAACCGCAAGUUAGAACGACAAGGACGACAAUUGCAUACACAAACACUACAAUUAGCUCCAACAUUCCCAUCAGUCCAGUCAUGUUUCAUACUUUCAUGCCCAGACAUGUCAAACGGACCGUGUAUAUAUACCUUUAUAUGUAUACGGUUUUGAAGAGUAAUCCAUUUUAGGCGGUAUAUUUUGUGGGGCUUUUUCGAAAUACAAAUAAAAAAAAAUCCGUAAUUACAUGUAAACUAAUAAAAAGUUGGCCUGACAGGCAAAAUUGGCAAGUUACCAAAAUCCGGAACACUCGCGCUGGAACAGAAAAUCCGUACCUUAAAUAAAUAAUUGAAAAAUAUAUAUUAAGUAUACCGCCAAACUACAUUUUUAGGGAUAGUAAACAAUGGAACAACGAUAGUAGGGGCUAAUUUAUGAGAAAAUUAAGUGCUUCGCAUUCUUCUUGCAGUGAUGGGUUCUCUAACGUGAUUGCAAUCCAGAAAUCAAAUAAGAAACCCACAGACACAUAUAGGUGCAUGUUUGUUCAUGUAGUCUAUUGUCUACUGAAGUCAAGCUGGGUUUUUUCUUUUCAAAUACCAUGCAUGAAUCACCUGCUACCCUUGACAGUUGACGCAGGGAUCGUGGUCAACCAAAAUUCGAAUUCAUUAUUAGCCCACGACUUAAUCGAACAUGCAUAUAGGUGUUGUUGCAUCCAGCAAACAGUGCCAAAUUUAUCUUCCAUUCAUUUUUUCAGGCCUGCUUAAGACGUCGAAUUUUAUUCGUUGAAUUUAAUGCUGCUCAGUGGCGGACAUUUUUUUUGGGGGGGGGGGCGAAUUUGGAAAUCCAAGUUCUUAAAACUUUUUUCCUUAAAGUUCAUGCAAUAUUUAGCUUAAUUUGUAGUUCAAAAAUUAUUGUUACAGCUUUGUUACGCAGUUAUUCAGCAAUCAUUCAAGGGCUUUACUAUCAUUCGAAAGCUUUUACUCGGGAGAAACGGAUGUUUUAAAUGGUUUUAUUCCACGCAGCUCAGUAAGUGCGACGUUGUCGAAGUAUUUGAAGCCAGGGUUUUGUCGCAUAUAUAAUGACAGAAACUGAAAUCGAUAGAAAUUCGACUUUUCAAAUUGGCCUCAAUUCCCCAUUUCCCAUGAUUGUAUAAAAGCCUAUAUGUAUAUAGCCGCGAAUCUCUUUUAUCUUGUCAGAAUGAUGGAACGUUAUUAGCUACUGGUUUGUACAAUGGUCAUAUAAAGAUCUGGAAUAACGAAGGUCAGUAUUUGCUUUAACUGUGCUGUUUAACUAGGCUUUAUAUAUACUCAGUAUUGAAUGAUGCAUUAUAAAUAAUACGUAAAAUGUCUGAAAUACAGUAGAUGUUUCCCAAGAUAGCUCCACCUGCAACCUUGUAUCAGACCACUUUUCGCGCGUGGUACGUAUACAUUGUCUGCACAGUCACAAAUUGAGAGCCACAAGUAAUGAGGAAAACUGCUAAAUUAUUUCAAACUAUAGUCGGCAAAAUUUCCGAUUUAUCGGUAAAAUUUCGAAAGUAAGAAAAGGUUAGAGGCACGUGAAAAAUAUUAGGUGACUCAAGCAUAAUUAAGAACAACUUAGUUUGCCACAAACAAAUCGAAAUAAAUUUAUGAUCGUGAAUUGCAUAGUUUGACUAAUUUCCAUUUAUUGUUUACGCGAUAUUUUUCAAUAAAUUUAGUUCAGUAGUAUACUUAGUAACAUCGUUCACCUUCCCAUUAUAGCAUAGCAUUCUUUUCACGUAUUUCUUUGUAAUUUCCAAUUUAUCUUCGACAAAAAAUAUCUCAAUUUCACUAUAUUUUAACACAAUUCGAAAAUGUACUUACCCAAAACCUGGCGAAAAAAAGGCGUUAAGGUGCAUGUCUUGGGAGACGUUUGUUCCAUUUUUUGUUCUCCCAUUUAUGAGAGGCUAUACUGUUUCUUAAGGUCAAGACGUUGUUACGUUGAAAGAACAUAAGGGAAUAAUUUUCUCCGUGAAAUGGAAUGACAAGGGCAGUUAUCUCCUUACUGCUGCAAUAGAUCAGGUUUGUACACAACACUGCAUGGCGUAUCCAGUAAUGAUUGGAUAAGCAGAGCCUGAAAUAACUUAAUAACGUUGAGUGUUCGAUACAGGAUGUUAUACAAAUAUGUUACUUGUUUGUCAUGUAAUAUUACGGUAUUUAGACGAUUCACUGAUUUCCAAGAAACGAUAGAAAUAAUCGGCAGAAAGAAAUGUUAAAAUUAUUUAAAUAAAACAUGAUCUAUAAAAGCUGAUUUUCAGAUCAGGCUGGACGUUUUGUAUUUUGUAAGUACAUGCUUUCUUCCAAAUCAUUUGCAUUGACAUUAUUUGACAUUAUUUAUAUUUCGUAGUUGUGUAUAGUGUGGGACACAACAACAUGGCAAGUUAAGCAACAAUUUUCCUUACAUCAAGGUUAGUUUUAAUGGUUUGUAGGCAGUACAGUGUGUCUGUAUCCUGAUAGAGGAAAUUACAGACCUAUACAGUAACACGCUUGAAGAUAUAAGGAAUAUCUCGUUCGCGAAUUCUGUUUCUAUAAGGCUCUUUUCCAGUCAUCGCAAAAACGAGCUCGCAAGCUCGCUGCGAAUACUUUUAUCCAAUCACAAUGAUCGGCAGUUUAUUUUAAUUUGAUGGCAGCACUUGCUAUACCUGUCACGUUUUAGGGGGAGUUACUAUUUUUAGACUUUUAUAAUUUUGUAUUUUAAACUUAACCCUAAUCCUAACCCUUACUCUAAUCCUAACCCUAAUCUUAAUCCUAACCCUUUCCCUAAUCCAAACCCUAAAAGUCUAAAAAUAGUAACUCCCCCUAUAAAACGUGACUCAUAUGGCACUUGCCGCGGGUUUGGGAGUUUGUUUUACAAAAUCACUCGGGGAGAGACCCGGAUGUGCUGAAUAUGAAUAUUACGGCAGUUUAUAUUUCUAGUAAAGUGUAUGUACGCACUCUUUUGUUUCUUUCUGGCAACAAAAAUCUUCAAACGUUUUAUAUGCGAAUCCUAGCAUGCAUGCAAUAUAUAAUUGAUGAUUACAUAACAGAUUGCAACCCAAUAUGUGUUUUUUUCUAUUUUUACUAUAUAGCCCCAACGUUAGAUAUUGAUUGGCAAAAUACAAACACAUUUGCCUCAUGUUCACCUGAUAAGUCAAUCCAUGUUUGUAAAGUUGGCGUAGAGAAAUCUGUAAAGACGUUUGAAGGACAUUUGGUAAGUGAAGAGGAUUAGUGAUUAGUGAUUAGUGUGGAAUGCAUAUUUUAGCUGCAGCAUAACUUCUUCGUACAUGCAUGAGUAUAUAAUUUUAUUAAGAUUGACUGAAAUAAUAAUUUCGUUAAAAACCAGUUCUUUACUGGUCGCCCACUGCUCUGUUUUGUUUUUUUGCAUAACUGGUUAUGGCGACAAUAGACCCAUUGCACAUGACGUCACAGCGGCGGUGACGAUGCAUCUGGAGGAGAAAUUAACAAUCUAUGCAUAAUAUAACUUUUGUGAACAAAGCAAAUUUUGUAAAACUUUAUAAUCAUUUUGUAUUAAAAUGGUUAAUUUUUUCGCUGUACGUGGUUGCUGUACCCGAAGAGAUAUUGUUAGGGAGCAUCUGGAGGAUACUCUAAGGAUUUGUGACGCCAGUGCAAUGGGUCUAUAUAUACCCCCACUGUACAUGCUCCCAGGCAUCGAGACUCUUUCCAUUAAUUAUAGAAGGGUUUUGUAGAUGGAAAUUUCGAUUGUGAAUGUUAUAUACCUAACCAUGCAGGAGGAGUUGCUAAAAAUGCAACUAUCGGCCCUUUGGCAGGAAUUGAACUUGCGGCUUUGCGAUUCCAGUGCAGCGCUCUAACCAACCGAGCUACAGAGGCCAGUUGUCGAGCUCUCCAGCGAUGCACCGGAAUCAGAGGGCCGCAAGUUCGAUUCCUGCCAUGCUGAGGGCCUAUAGUUGUAUUCUUCGCAACUAAUAAACCCAUCCACUAUAUGAGAAACUGAAAUACAUUGUUGAAUGAAAGUAAUCCAGCAUUCAUAUAACUGCUCAUGCAGUAUGCUAAUUAACCGUAUCUAUGUCUUAUCUUUAGGGAGAAAUAAAUGCCAUAAGAUGGGAUCCCUCAGGUACUUUACUCGCUUCCUGUUCUGAUGACGGGAGUGCGAAGGUGAGUUUCAUAGAACUUGGUAUUGAUAAUUAAUAUAUUAUUAGCUGUAUACAUGAACCUCACUGACAUCCGCCAUCUUGUUCUAUAAUGAGAUCUAAUUAAAUCAUUUAAGUUUAGAAUAUAGACAAUAUUACUGUAAAAAAUAUGAUUUAGCAAUAAAAUGGCCUGGGAAUUGCUCAAGAUACACAUUAAUGUUACCCUGGUUGUGACGUCACGCAUACCAAGAUGGCGGAAUGCAUAAUGAUUUUCUUUUGAAAUGAAGUGUAUUAUCUUUUAUACCAAGAACGAAAUAUGAAAUCUGUAAUAAAGUUUUGAAAUAUAUUGAAUCCCUCUUCCAAAUGGAAGAAACGUAAUUUUUAUUGCUUUUUCGAAUUUAAAAGUAAAAAUGUAUUUUUAUUGUAUUUCUAAACAGGUGUGGAGUUUAAAGAAUGACGCACCUCUGCAUAAUUAUCAGAACGAUGCAAAACACCAAGUUUACACUUUAGAAUGGAGCCCGAGUGGACCUGGGAGUUCAAACAGCACCUUGCCUUCCUGUUUGGCAACGUAAGUCAUACCUUUAAAUAAUAAUUCAGUCCGUUGUAUAAAGAGAAGAAACUUGUCGUGUUAACCGCCUCGUGUGGCGUCUAGCUCAGCAUGUUUCUCUCGUGUGCGGGCAGUUUUCGUCAUGAGGAUUUAACCUCUCGAGGUCUUGAGGAAAAUGUCUAUUGUGUUUGAUAUUUUUCACCUCGCGAGGAAAAAAUCUCAACGUGCGGAUGUUGCGAACUUGGUGCUGAGCUGCUUGAAUUAACUAGCUAAUGAGAACCCAUACUGUAGUUUCUUCACGUGACUUUAGUCAAAAUGGCGACAGUGGAGGUACAUAAAUGCAGACGAUCUUAUCUCGAUGUUGCUGUUGAGUAGUUAGCCGCCACGCGAGUUAGCUUGUUGUUACUCAAUUUUGUUUCUCUGAUGGAUGUGAACGAGUGGAUGACUUACGGAUGUUCAGACGAGGGUACUCACAACAUUCGUACAGAGUUGCAAAACCUGUUCAAAUUUCCUCCGGGUAAAAUUUAAAGUUUUCAAACCUUCCUCAAAAUAAAUUAAAUAGAUAUGGCUUCAUCAAAUAGCAAUAUACUAGAGUAUAUAAACUUAACUGAUUCUGAAAGCAUAACACACAGUACAUAAUUCUAAUAUAUAAAUUUGCCAUAAUAGAUUUAUACUUUGGACAAAUUGGACAGUCCUUACCUACUAUGUCUACAUCCUUUUUCAUAUAUUGAAUAUAAAAUAAUAUUAAAAAAUGAUCUUACUGUACUUGUGGUUUUGAAAGGCAUUUGAGAGUGUUUAAGGUCUUCAGGCGUGUGACACAAUCGCCCAAUUUCACAAUCACUGAGGCAGUGAAUGCUCUCACUUGUUUCUGAGGCAAAGUGCUAAAUUUAAACCAAGCCGUAUAGUGCCCUGCAUGGCAGUUUAUGGCAAUGUUUGGAGUGGCUGAAAAUCAAUGGCAAUGGCAAUAUAUAUCUAUACCAGACGCUGCCAAUCCUGCAAUAUACUUAUAUAGUUUGUGGGAAUUGACAGUGUAGGUAUCAGGUAUGUAAAUAAUGAUUUCGAUUAUAGGACCUCGAUAUAUUCCGACGAUCUGUAUUAAAUAUGUAUGACAGCUACACAACUCAGUAAUUAAGCUGUACUAUUUUUGUCUGACUCACAUCACACAUGCUAAAAUUUCUUCCUCAACUUUGUUUAUAAGGCCAUUAUUUAUAUAAUUAUUACAAUGUUUAGUUGCUACAGCAUUGAUGGUUUAUUUCAUUAAAUAAAAAAAAUAAUUCCUAACAUUUAAUAUUUCUGUGAGUUCUGAAGUAAAGUGUCAUAAACCAAAAUAAACAUAUUACAAUACACAUUUCUGUCAUUUCCAACAUAUCUCCUUGAACUAAAUGCGAAGUUCCUGUAAAAUGCAAUGAAAUUUCUUUUGAAUUGGCAGUUUAAAAUGGCACUAAAACCCCAAUAUAAAAUACCUUAACUGUCUUGAAAUAUUUUGUCGGGCAGUACAUUUAUAUUGUAUGACAAAAUAUAAAAAAAAUUAACAUGGCUCUUAAAAUACAGUUGGGUGGUGAUGAGAAUCCAGCAAGUUAUUUUAUGUGGCCUAAUAAGGCACCUCUGAUGCUUGACACUUACACAUUUUAAUUUUACAGAAUGUUUUCAGUUAUUUGUCUUCUCAGUAUUCUCCAAUGUCAUAGUCAUCUGGUAUAGGCACUAGUAUAUCACAAUAGUUCCACCACAACUUGUCAGCCUCAACUGCCUUAUUCAACCAUGAUUUAUUUGUUUCACUCUUUUGGUGUUAGCAACCAUUGGCCACUAAACCUUCCUCACUGACCUCACCUAUGGUAAACCUUCCUCGCGGGCAAUGCCCGCGAGCCCGCAGCUUUUUUGCAACUGUGCAUUCGUAAUUCAUCUACUCAUUCGAAUCCGUCAGAAGAAAAUCGCACUAGAAAUCGCAGCAAAAAGUGCAAGUGUAAUCGGGCCCAGGGGCGUAGGAACCGGGGGGGGGUUGCCCCCCCCCCCCACGUUUUGGCAAGUGCCCUUUUUCCGGGAGCAAAGUGCCCUUUUUUGCGUGGAAAAAUUUUCAUUAAAAUUGCAUUGGUAUGUCCGGAAAAUUUUUUUACCCCUAAAAUGGUACACUGACCGGGGGAGGGAGGUCGCCAAAAAUAAUUUUUAGAUGCCUUUUUUUCGAAAAAUGCCCCUCGGAGCUUGCCCCCCCCCAACUUUUCGAAGCUUUCUACGCCCCUGAUCGGGCCUUUAGAACCUGGAUGUUUUUAGUUGAAUUUUCGUCUCCUUUGUCUUUAGUGCCUCACUAGAUGGUGUUGUACGUAUUUGGGAAAAUGAAACAGGCAACUGCACGCUUUCCCUGACUGGUCACAGAGAACCUGUAUACUCAGUUUCGUACAGUCCUGAUGCGAAAUUCAUUGCGACCGGAUCUAGCGAUCGGUGUGUAAAUAUUUGGUCUACUCAGGUAUGUGCACUAUAUAUUAUGUACUCACUUGCUUGCUGUGUCUUUAAGACCUCUAACUUCUCAUUCAAUCAUCUCUCCACCGAAAAUAGUAUAAAAAUUUUAAGAUAUUUUGAUCUGUCUGUGCCAGUGUAGGUAAUGCCAAUUAUAUAAACAAGCUUUCGUUGGUAGGGAUGCAACUACCUGCAAAAUAUAAGGAGAAUUUCGACGUUUCGAGCGAAAGCCUUUCGUUUGGAGUUACUCCAUGAAACAUCCCUACCCAUGAAAGCUUGUUCGUAAAAAUAUAUACUUGUUUCUUUCUUUGUUUUGACUCUGUUUUAAUUCCAUCAUAUGAUUAGUUCAUUUCUAUGACAUAGUAUUUUUGUAUUUUCACUAUGCAAGAGCACGUGUUUUCUCGUUCCACGCUACUAAUUAAAAUUAAAUCCACUAUGGCCCUGGGCCUAGCAUGCAUAGCUCCCGGUUUCAUGGGGUUGGGCAACUGAUGUGCCAAACCCUUAACGUGGUUUUAAAGGACAUUGGAACUAAAAAUUUACUGCAGUUUGUCUCAUUUUAAAGAACGUUUAAAAUUGUGUAUUAAAUAUUUUUGCAGAUUUCUUAAAGUAUCUAGCUUAACUAUUAGAAUAUUUUGACUGAAAGCAAUGGGCUGUCCGCCAUCUUGGAUUAAUUCUUAAGCUUAUUAAGUCUGGUUCUGAUGACGACAAGAAUGGGGUUAGUCUUAUAAAAUUACCUCUAAGUGACCGUGUAAAGAUCAAAAGUUGUUUAAAAUGUUUGCAUUCAAUUCUAAAUCUGAAAUAGCAACCAAGAACGAGUUUUGGGCUCAUAUUGAUCACUGGCUGUCAAGAUAAAAUAUUGUGAUUUCCGUUGACCCCUCUUGUGACGUAUAUGCAUAUCCUCAAUAAUCCAAGAUGGCGGACAGCUCAUUGCAUUCAGUGAAAAUAUUUCAAGAAUCGAGAAAGAUAUGAAAAUACUGUUCAAAGUCUUUAUUAAUUAUUUUUAAAGCACUUUCAAAUGAGGCAAACUAAAUUUUUACUGCCCACAUCCUUUAAUGAAUUUCAGGAAUUUCAGAAUAGUACCUAUACACCGGACUGUACAUGUAAAAAAGCUUUUUCUCGAUUUCAUCUUACGAAAUUUUAUCCUUUCCAGUUAUUCCAUUUUCUCUGAAAAUGUUUCGGCAUGCAUAUAUAUUAAAAUCGUUGAUUUACUUUAUCGUACUAAUUAUUUUUAUUUUUUACCAAGAACGGAAAUUUACUCUAUACGUACCACGGUUCUGGACCGAUAUUUCAAUUACAGUGGAGUCCAAGAGGAGACAAACUAGCUGCUUGUGUUUCCGAUACUACAGUAAGUAAUUAUUCCGCCCUAUAGGUCCUGUUCAUAUGAGCGCAGCUAACCAGGAAACUUACCUGAGUGAGAUUUGCAUGUCAUUUGUUAACGCAUAUAAAUUUUAAUUUGUGUUCAUAUGAGAAACGAACCAGCCUGGCUAUAGAUGAGGUCUCGCCUUGCACUAGGUAGUAACAUAUAGUCAAGUGGGAUAAAAUUCCAUAUGAAGGCUAUUAAAGUCGUAAUACAAGUUCAGUUUGUUUAAGGUGGCUCCCUACAGUUGUAAAGAAACAGCAGCGAAAAAUACGAUCUUUACGCAAUGACGCAAAAUAUAAUAAAUUCAUUUAUAUAAUAGUUAUAAAUUCAGUUUUUGAGAUAUUACGCGAGAUUUGUUCCACAAAAACUGUUUUAUAGAAUUUUUAAAAAAUUGAGUAUAUUGCAAUAAAUUACUAGUACUUUUAAAAUACAAAAUUUCAGAAAAAUUGACCGAAGGGAAAAAACGUUAUUGCAUUACAAACAUUGGGCGGUCAAAUGAAAUUUUUGCUGACGUGAUAAAAUUCCAACUCGACUAUAGACACAGUCCCAUGCUUAAACAACUGUAGAGAGCCACUGUAAUAUUUCGAAGACCCCAUGUUUACAUAAUAUCGUCCCACUGAGAAGGCAUAUGAGUUGGGAUAAAAGCAGUUAUAUGAAAACACAAAUGAUUCAUACACUCAGGGGAGCUUCCCUGGGCUCAUAUGGAUAGGGUCCUGGAUUUUAAAACAUUAAUGUUUUAACGAUUCUAUUUGAAUAGGUCAAACUCCUUGACGUGCGAAUUUUGUAACAAAUGCCAAAAUUAUUUUGUACUGAGGAAACAGAUCAACCAGAUGGGGGGAACGGAUAAAUAUUUGGUAAAGAUGGAAAGAAAUGACGAAGAAAAACACCAAAAACAGUAGCUGUAAGAUCAGCAAAGAUAUAAAGUAACCUCUCGUCCUCGGUGCUUUCAGUAAUAUGCAGGCAUAUUCUCGACUCGCAUGCCCGGUUAAAGACAAGAAAUUUCUCACAAGUUGAUAUUCAUUAACAUUUAUUUAAUCUUUCCAACAGUUCAUAGCUCCUGUAAACUACCAGUUCGUUCAGUAGACCACCAACGAAAUAGAAAUGUUUUUACAGUAACUGUUUCUUUUUUAUAUUAUUUGUAAAAUAUGUUGAAACUCAUGUUGAAUAAUUGGAAGUGUACAACCAAAAUAAACAUUUUCACAAGAUAUUGACAAACGUUUGGUUACUUCCCACAUGUCCCGAGGAGACGUCAUGAUUGCCGUGGGUGGAAGCGGAAUAUUAAGUAUUGAAUACUGGUUUUAAAAGUAUAGUUUCAAUAUGAAUAGUUAUGGUAGGAAUAUUAAUAUUUGGGGUAGGAUUUUCAGAGGAAUAUAAAUACUUCAACCAGAAUUUGAAUGAAUAUUUGUCUACCCCCACACCACAUUUUUGAGGAAUAUUGUAGGCAGGAAUAUUGAAUAAUACAGGUAUAAGAAUAUUGGAUGUUGAAGUAAGAAUAUUCCGCCUCCACCCCGACUAUUAAGUUAGAACUAAGGUUAGAUUGUUAGGAAAGGUUUAGAAUACACCCUUCCGGAAAGUACGUCGCUUUGGCUGUAGAUCCCUCGUUUUCGUCAUUGAUACGUUGGGCUUUAAUUGAUAUCACAUACGCGAAGACGAGGUUCCUAUUAUAGUCAAAAUGACGUACUUUCCCAAAGGGUGCAUGUAUUGUAAGGAUAAGGAUUAGCUAUAUUUAAAUUGAAGGUUUUUAAUAUAGAAAUGAAAUGAUACAGACUACCUUUUUAUCACAAAAUGAAUUUCUAUUUCACAACUAUAAUAUCCCACUCCAUGCUGCGAGUUCAACUCGCUACUAAUGGUUAAAACUUUUGUAUUAAAGACGACAAGAAGUUUAUCACACUACAAGUGCCGAAAUUAAACAUCAAAGUUCAUAAUGUUCAACAUUUCAAUCCUUCUUUAUCGAUAUCAAAUUUAAUUACAAAAUUGCCUACGUCAGGCUUGACCUGCUUCAUGAGAAACGUUGAACUCUUAUCCGACGUACGGGAGACUGCAUAUGCACAUUUCACAAACCAUCUCCAUGGUCGGCACAUGUAUGCAUAAUCGUCCAUUCGCUGUAUACGUUUAAAAUCCUUGGAAUAGAUAGCUGGCAAUGUAGCUAUUACGACAAGGUAGUAUUGGUCUAUAUAACGGCGAAGUACCUCUAGAAGCCUCUUUUGAUGUUUUUCUCGACCUUGGUAAGUCUCACCACCGUCACUUUUAUCCUGCCAAUAAAAAGCACUGAUACUGUCAAUCAUCAUUACACAUAUAUCAGUUCUGUUGCAAAGGAUUUUGUCGAAACUUCGCAUUGUAUCCAGAAGCUCUUCUGUCGAGUUGCAUUUCGCUAAAGUUAGUCGGGACAAACAUGAUUUUAUGAACGUCUGUCGGGCAGCAACACUCGGCAUUGGUAACCCUUGCUGUAAAAAACAUGACGUGAUUCGUUCUUCCAAGAUUUCCACGAGACGAAGCAGAGAGAAGUGGUAAUCGGUGUCCACGAAAAUAGCACCCACACCUCGUCCUUCGAGGGAUGCACCUUUCCAUUUUUGUGGUAAAAUGCAGUUGGCGAUCAAGUGCAAUAAUAUUUGAGUCUUUCCUGAGCCAUCAUCGCCAUACAAUUCGAUUACGUCUUUCACCUGCACUGGCCGAGACAAACCUUGGAAAAGUAUUUUAUCCAGCCCAUCCAACGACUUCUUGCGUCCAAGACGAGCAAACAGCUAUAUUCAAAGUAAGAGUUCACAACGAUAAUGAAAGAAAUAAAAAGAUUUAAACUUCAACUGACGUUUCAAAACUUGAUACUUUUUCUUAUUUGGCCAUCUACGGGAUUUCUAAAUAUUAAUUAAAACCUCACCUGAGCUUUCGAAUGCAAAUUGCUAUACAAAUUGAUGUUUAUGAUAGUGAACCUUUAUUUGGAUAGGGAUAAAACCAUUGUCAUGCAUUAACGGAGCCACAGGGUUCGUAGUGUCAAAGACCAAAAAAUUUUCUACUUAUUUUCGAAGACUCCUCCGGCUGAAGAGCAAUCGCUGUUGAAUCAAAAUGAUAUUUCAUAGAGUAUAUGCAUUAACGAACAAGACUAGAUAUGUUGGCAACUCUGAUUUUGGCUUUAGCCUUCACACAUGAAAAUUUGAGAAUU